AUCUUGUGAUGAGCAGCUCUAGACCUGAUUAAAAAUGUCCAAGUGCAAGCAAUCAUUGGACCAAAAAGUUCAAUGCAGGCGAAUGUUAUGAUAAACCUCGGAAACAAAUCUCAAGUGCCCAUCAUCUCUUUCUCCGCAACAAGUCCUUUCCUUUCCUCCCUAAGGAGUCAAUAUUUUAUUCGAGCAACCCACGAUGACUCAUCUCAAGUCAAAGCUAUUAGUGCCAUUGUUCAAGCCUUUGGAUGGAGAGAAGCUGUGCCCAUAUAUGUUGAAAAUGAGUUUGGAGAAGGAGUUAUACCUUAUUUAUCCGACGCCUUGGAAGAGGUUAAUGCUCGGAUUCCUUACAGGAGUGUUAUCCCUCUUGGCGCCACUAAUGAGGAAAUUAGAAGGGAAUUAUUCAACUUAACGUCAAUGCAGUGUAGAGUCUUCAUUGUUCAUAUGGACAUAGAUCUUGGGUCUCGGGUUUUCAGCAUGGCCAAAGAGAUUGGAAUGAUGGGUGAAGGAUAUGUUUGGAUAAUAACUGAUGGGAUGACUAAUCUUUGGAGUAUGAUUGAUCGUUUUGAUAUGGAUUCCAUGCAGGGGGUAUUGGGUAUAAGGAUUUAUGUUCCGAAAUCAGAAGAGGUUAACAGUUUCAAAGUACGAUGGAAAAGGAAAUUUCUGCAAGAUAAUAUGGUGAAUGCUGAAUUUGACUUUUUUGGAUUAUGGGCUUAUGAUGCUACAUUUGCCCUAGCCAUGGCAGUGGAGAAACUUGGCACAACAAAUUUCAGCUUUGAUGCAUCAAAUGUUUCAAAAAGUGCAAGAACAGAUCUUGAAUCUUUUGGGGUUUCUCAGGUGAUUGGGUUCUGGACGUCUAAGUAUGGACUAGUUAAAAGACCAGAUUUUACCAAUGUAAUGGGGUAUUCAACUUCUAAGGCCAAUCUCGGAACCAUCAUUUGGCCGGGGGAUACACAUUUCCCGCCUAAAGGCUGGGAGAUUCCAACUCAAGGGAAAAGGUUAAAGAUUGGAGUACCAGUGAAGACUGGAUUUAGUGAAUUCGUCAAGCUUCCACCUGAUACACAUCCCAAUUCUAAAGUCAUCCCCAUGGGUUAUUGCACAGAUGUUUUCAAUGCUGUCAUGGAGGCAAUGCCAUAUGCAGUUCCUCAUGAUUUCUAUGCCUUUGGAAAUGCUGACCAUGAGAUGGCUGGAACUUAUAAUGACCUGAUCGAUCAAGUCGUCUAUGGAAACUAUGAUGCGGUGGUAGGAGACAUUUCCAUCAUCGUCAACAGGUCAUUUUACAUUGACUUUACAUUACCAUUUACAGAAUCUGGAGUGGUAAUGGUGGUUCCUAUCCAAGAUGGAUCAAACAAGAAUGCAUGGGUGUUCUUGAAGCCUUUGACAUGGGAUCUUUGGGUCACCAGCGGUGGCUUCUUCGUCUUCAUCGGGUUUGUCAUAUGGGUUCUUGAGCAUAGAAUCAAUGAAGAUUUCCGUGGACCACCUUCGCAUCAUGUUGGAACUAGCUUCUGGUUCUCCUUUUCGACCAUGGUUUUUGCACACCGGGAAAGGGUGGUGAGCAAUCCAGCAAGGUUUGUGGUGUUGAUAUGGUGCUUUGUGGUACUCAUUCUCACACAGAGCUACACUGCCAGUUUAGCUUCUCUUUUAACGAUUCAACGGCUGCAACCUACGGUGACUGACGUGUAUGAGCUGUUAAGGAGAAAGGAUAGUGUUGGGUACCAUAAUGGCUCCUUUGUCAAGGAAAUUGUCCAGGGGUUGAAAUUCAAUCCAUCAAAGAUGAGGACAUUUCGUUCACCGGAGGAGCUCAAUGAACUCUUUACCAAUGGAAGUGCCAAUGGUGGAAUUGCAGCUGCUUUCGAUGAAUUUCCCUACAUGAAGCUAUUUCUUGAAAAAUAUUGCAAUAAAUACACUAUCGUGGAACCAAAUUUUAAGAGCGAUGGCUUUGGAUUUGUCUUCCCAAAAGGUUCUCCUCUUGUAGCAGAUGUAUCGAGGGCAAUCUCAAAUGUCAUGAAAGGCGAUAAAAUGAAGGAAAUUGAAGAUAAAUGGUUUCCAAAACAAACCAAUUGUCCUGAUUCAAGUACCUCGGUAUCUUCUUAUAGUCUGAGUUUUGGAAGCUUUUGGGGCCUCUUCCUUAUUGCUGGGGUUGCCGCAGUAAUAGCUCUUAUCAUCUUUGUUGCAGAGUUUCUGUAUAAGCAAAAGGAUGUCUUGUGCAUCCCUGGAAUUUCAGUCCAAAGGAGAAUCCUUCAAGUGUUAAGAAAUUUUGACAGGAAAGACCUAACCUCUCAUACCUUUAGGCAGAGUGAUUUAAAAGAAAGAAGUCGAACUAACAGCAUCCAAAUCAUAGGUGCUGUUGAAGUGUCUGUUGGAGCCUCACUAAACACCAACUGCCCGCCAGGCCCAUUAAACUCGAACCAGACAGGUUUGAGCUUCACUUUAGUUGGCGAGCAGGGAAGUCCUUCCACUGAUAACAACAUAAGCAACACAGCAUCUCCAGAAAUAGAAAUUCAGCUUGCUAACACAAAUAACUCAUGAAAAAGUUGGCAUUGAUGUUUCCGUAUAGCUCUGACGAUGCAUCCAUGGUAUUAAAGAUGUACUAUCAAC